AUGCGUCCAAAAAUCAUAUCUCAUAAUCUUACCUGGCUGCUGUUCUUCUUUUUAAUUUUGUUUUAUGUGUUACAGCUAUACCUCUCAGGUUGCAAGGCCCAUUAAGUGCAUACGGCACUGGUCGCUUGGAAAUAUUCUACAAUGGCACAUGGGGAACAAUCUGUGAUGAUUAUUGGGAUAUUAAUGAUGCUAGAGUUGCAUGUCGUCAACUUGGUUAUACAUAUGCUGUUAGAGCUUUUCAAGGCGGUGAUGUUCCUGAUGGUACUGGACAGAUAUGGUUAGAUGAUGUAAAAUGUACUGGAAGUGAACAAAAUCUGGUCAGUUGUACUCAUAACAGAUUAGGAAACGAGAAUUGUGGGCAUUCUGAAGACGCAGGAGUACAAUGUUCUUCAACAG